UCAACAUCUCAGAGGGCUCGUGUCCAGAGAGGAUCAUCACCAUCACAGGACCUACAGACUGUGUCUUCAGAGCCUUCACUAUGAUCACUCUCAAACUGGAAGAGGACCUCACAACUCUGGUAGCCAAUGGCACGGUCACCAGCAAGCCCCCCGUCACCCUAAGAUUGGUCAUUCCUGCCAGCCAAUGCGGCUCUCUCAUCGGGAAGGGCGGCUCCAAGAUCAAGGAGAUCAGAGAGACCACGGGGGCACAAGUACAGGUAGCAGGAGACCUCCUUCCCAACUCCACUGAGAGAGGGGUGACGAUAUCCGGGACCCAAGACGCCAUCAUCCAGUGUGUCAAGCUCAUCUGCACUGUCAUUCUCGAGUCACCUCCGAAGGGUGCCACUGUUCCAUAUCGACCCAGCCCCUCAGGAACAGUCAUGAUCUCCGGGAACCAG